UUUUCUCGGCAUUAGGCAUUUAUAACGCCGAUCGCCGUUGCCGGACCUCACCUCUGUGAUUUAGAGGUUUUUUGCAGUAGAAGCCGUACGGUUCGACAUCUCCAAAAUGGCUUCUGCUCACGGCCUCGCUUCUGACCGACGAAAGUCAAGAAAGGCUCACUAUGCCGCCUCUUCCGGUACCAAACGAAAGAUCAUGUCUUCUCCUCUGAGCAAGGAUCUUAGAGGAAAGCACUCUACCCGAACCAUGCCCAUCAGGAAAGACGACGAGGUGUUGAUCGUCCGUGGAAAGUACAAGGGGAGGGAAGGAAAGGUGAUUCAGGUCUACCGAAAGAAAUGGGUCAUUCACGUCGAGCGAGUCACUGUCGAGAAAUCCAACGCCGCCACUGUCCCCGUCGGCAUUCACCCAUCCAACGUCGUCAUCACAACACUAAAGCUCGACAACGACCGAAAAGCCAUCUUGGAGCGAAAGGGCAACAAGACGACUGAGAAGAAGAGCCAGAAGGAGAGCGGAGAUGUCGAGAUGGUCGAGUAGAGGACCGCGUCGCUCGGGGCUUGAGCUGUAGGCACGCGAGGGCCAGUGCGACAGUGGAUGGCAUGCACACUUUUUAUGACUUGUA